AAAAAAUAUUCGAUUAAUGGAAUGUGAUUUAUGUUCACUUGAAUCCGUUCGUAAUUUUGCUAAUUUAUAUAAUAGUGAAGAAGAAAGACUUGAUGUAUUAAUAUGUAAUGCUGGUAUUGGUUGGUCACCCCAUGCGGUUACAAAAGAUGGAUUUAAUUCUGUUAUUCAAGCGAAUUAUCUUGGUCAUUUUUUGUUAACAAAUCUACUUUUAAAUAAAUUAAAAGCAAGUCGUCCAAGUCGAAUUAUUAAUGUUUCAUCGGGUGCACAUAAGAUAAUUCGAUCGAUUGAUUGGUCUGAUGUAUUUAUACAAUUUAAAAAUACUCGUCUAUUUGGUGCACAAUUUUUGUCAAAAGCAUUUCAAAUAUUAUCAACUUAUAAAUUAAAACAAGAUUUACUUGGUACGGAGGGUGUUGAUGUAUUUGCAUUAAACCCCGGUUGGGCCUGGACAUCUCUUCGAGAAGCAAUGCGAGAGACUCUUGGAAUAUGGCGAUUUCUUAUUUUCUAUCCAAUAUUACGUUUGCUUAAAAUCGCUUUUGCUAAAACACCUAAGAUAGGUGCACGUACAACGAUUUAUUGUGCAGUUGAACCUUCACUCGAACAUUCACCACAUCUCUAUUUUGAAAAUUGUGCUGUUGCCCAACCGACUUCGUUUUGUACAGAUAAAAUAACAGCUGAUCGUUUAUGGAAAUUAAGUGCUGAAGCAGUCGGAUUGAAAUAA